AUGAAAUUUCAGAAAAUGGGUGAUUCAAACACCUGGGACCUUGUUGGAGAGCAGCAGCAACGGAAGAAAAGUAGAUCACCGUCAAGAGCAAGCCGUGUGGAUUCGGAACUACUUGUCGGUGUUGAAAACGCGGCUGAACUUGAAGCUCUUGGCCUAGGAAAAGAGCAGCUGGAAGAAGAAGCCAGACGGCACAAAAAGCAGCGGAGCAAGUCGCCGGCUCUCGAGAAUAUUCGAAAAACUUCGAUUCAUCUUUUGCAAAAAUUUGGAGCGAUUCCAAAAAAGAAGGAUGAUAGUGUUUUACUUUUUAGAUUUCAUGAUAUUCCUGAUAUUCCCUUGGAAUCUUUAUGCAUCAGACCGAAAGAGUUUUUCGAGGAGCCCAAAGUAUUUUCCUUUCGAGACAUGGGCAGGGAACAGCAGAAGGCAGAGGUUAAUGAGAAGUGCUCCUACUUAUUCCGUGGCACCUCAUUCGACCACGACGAUCAUUUCGAACUUCCCACUGAAACAGGCCGUGUUCCAGAAUAUGAUCAUUUUUGCCCGAUUCAUGGAUCCAGGCGAAGACUUCCACGUAAUAAAUUGGUCACAAUGCAAACUCUCAUGCAUUCGGUAGAUGAUGAAGAUAAUGAAGAUUUGGCUUAUAUUUAUGGGCACGACUUUCUGGCGAAAUUGGUUAGGAAGAAGAAGCGAGAAAUGAUGAGUGGAACGGAAAAAGAAAGAGCUAAUAAGAUUAAAAGGAAAAUUAUGUCAAAUCUCUGGAUUCUGUCCGUGGCUUUUCUCUUCCUGUUCACUGCAUUUAACGGACUCCAAAAUCUUCAAACUUCCGUCAAUGGAGAUCUCGGAUCUGAUAGUUUAGUAGCCCUAUAUUUAUCACUUGCCAUAUCAUCAUUAUUUGUUCCAUCAUUUAUGAUAAAUCGCCUCGGGUGCAAAUUAACAUUCCUUAUUGCAAUCUUCGUGUAUUUUCUAUACAUUGUCAUUAAUUUGAGGCCGACAUACUCUUCUAUGAUCCCUGCUUCAAUAUUCUGUGGAAUCGCGGCUUCAUGUAUCUGGGGAGCCAAAUGCGCGUACAUUACAGAAAUGGGAAUUCGAUAUGCUAGCCUGAACUUUGAAAGUCAGACUACUGUUAUUGUUAGAUUUUUCGGAUAUUUUUUCAUGAUUGUACACUGCGGACAAGUCGUCGGAAAUAUGGUAUCCUCUUAUAUUUUUACACUGUCCUAUUCGCAAGCCCUACGCGGUCCUGAAGAUUCUAUAUACGAUAGCUGUGGCUACCAGUUUCCAAAGAAUUUAUCAGAUCUUACCGAGUUGGCGGAGAGCAAUCUUGCUCGGCCACCACAGAAAGUUUAUGUAGCAGUUUGUCUGGCAUACCUCGCUUGUGUAAUAAUCAGUGGAAUGAUAAUGAGCAUGUUCCUGAAUGCUUUGGCCAAAGAUGCUCGGAACAGAAAAAUGGCUCAAAAGUUCAACUCGGAAAUUUUCUACCUCAUGCUCAAACAUUUAAUCAAUAUAAAGUUCAUGUUGUUGGUGCCGUUGACGAUUUUCAAUGGUUUGGAGCAAGCUUUUCUAGUUGGAGUUUAUACAAAGGCAUUCGUCGGAUGUGGCCUUGGAAUUUGGCAAAUAGGCUUUGUGAUGGCCUGCUUCGGAAUCUCCGACGCAGUCUGUUCCCUAGUCUUCGGGCCACUGAUCAAGCUUUUCGGUCGGAUGCCUCUUUUUGUUUUCGGAGCAGUAGUGAAUCUAUUAAUGAUUGUUACACUUAUGGUUUGGCCACUAAAUGCAGCCGACACUCAAAUAUUCUACGUAGUCGCUGCAAUGUGGGGUAUGGCAGAUGGUGUCUGGAAUACUCAGAUUAAUGGAUUUUGGGUUGCACUUGUUGGAAGACAGUCUCUACAGUUUGCAUUCACUAAAUAUCGAUUUUGGGAAUCUCUUGGAAUUGCGAUUGGAUUUGCGUUGAUUCGACACGUCACAGUUGAAAUAUAUUUGCUGAUAACAUUCUUCAUGCUACUUUUAGGAAUGUGCGGAUUUUUAGCAAUUGAAAAUUUCGAUCACAUUAUUAAAUUUUGGCAUCACUUAAUUCACACGUCAUGUCCAGAGAAGGAACCGUUGGAUGAUAGAAAUUCAGAUUUUGAAUGAAAAUAAUUAAAAAUCAAAAAAAUCAGUUAAUAAAUUCGUACUUUAUG